GUGCUUUCAUGUAAAUGUGGAACUGGAUCUGGAAGAGCUCCAAUCCUAACUCCUUCAGAAUACCAAUCAUCAUAAUUCUGUCUGCUCCCUGUCGGCUCCACCAGUUUUAUUUCUUCAAAAAAGAAUUACAAUUGCAUUACGAUUACUGCAAUUCCAACAUCAUUCUUUGUUGCCUCCAUCAGUGCUGUUCUAAGUACACGACUUUUUUUUACUACUAGAAUUAGUUCACCUUGUUUGCUAAUCGUCUGAAGCACGAACAAGAAAAUGGCGUCGUUUGAUCCGCAUACUGACGAGAUGCUCUCUCGUUUGGCCCAGAAGCAUGAAGGCCUCGAAGAUUUCCUCAGUUCAAUUUUUGUUAAGGCUAAGAAUUUAGUGGAGUUCGCUUCAGUCUUUCAAAAUAUAAUUAUAUAUGAUAUGAAUUUUUAAGUCAAGAAUUGAUACUACCAGCAGGGGCACCCACAUGGUACUUCCUUAGCACGUAGAAGCUCAGUUUCUAAUUUCAGUUUCUUUGAGCGGCGAACGGACUUGUUUCAUGUGAUGGAGAGCAAGACAGACCGCAUGGGCUUUCCACCCGGCGUCGCGAAGACUAUGGUUUCAUGAAAUUCUGUAUCAUUUGACAAGUUUAAGUUUUAAUUUUCUGUCAAAGUUCCACCAUGAUUUUUGUUACUUACAUAGAUUGCAAAUUUUACAUAGAGAUUAUCAUGCGCCUGCAACUACUAUACCUCAACACAAUCUUCAGUAGAUCUAUGCAUCAAUCUACUAGGUCGAAAAGCAGUUCGAACGGUAUCAAGAGGUGUACCAAAAGCGGACAGGCAAUCGCGUCGCAGAAGAGCUCGAACGCACUGCAAUACGUCGCUCUGGUAGUACAACCUCACAGAGUAGUGGCGCUGCUACCUCCGGGGCUGAUAAAAGUACUUCAAAAAGAGGCACUGCGCAGUCUGGGGGCUCGUCGUCAUCGCGAGGACCGAUAGUUGGGACUGCCGGGGCCUCAAGUUCGUCCAUGCCACCUGCUCCUGCACCGACUGUUAUGAUUCUCGACAAGUUUCUUCUGGAUUACUUCAAGACAGAAUAGAUUUUGAUCGGAUUACUUUUUAUCAGAAAUCAAAAAGGCGAAGUUCGAAAAGCAGGUAAAGCAUCGAAGAUGAAGCGUUUGUCUCAUGUUGCGGCCAGGAGUGCAUCAAAAUUUGAUUAGGCUGAAGGUAGCCCAGUGGCUACGGUUCUGGAUGAUGUGCUUCAUCAUCCUCCGCGGGCUAGUGCUAAUCUCCACAAGCACACGAAGACAAAGUAGCCUCUGUUGUUGUUAUCUCAUAAAUAUAUGUAUGAAGAUCCCUCGGGCUUAAUGCCUUUCAUCCGACUAGUCUAACUAGAUCGCGACCAUCUAUUUUAGUCAUCUACGUAGUCACUUACUUACACGCUAAAGACCUUAGGGAUCUUAGCAGUUUGAUCUUGAUGAUGUUGAUGAGGAUGAUGUUGAUCUUGGUGCUGCUGUCGUGUUGAUCUUCUUGCUCCUGUUGUUUCCUUGAUCAUGAUGCUCGUGAAUCUUUACGCUGUUGAUUUGAGUACUGGCAGGAUGAUCUUUAUGCUCAUGCUUGCGCUGGUUCAUAGUUUGGAGAUCGACAUCCCGCCGGCAUCCUAAUAAUUCAGGGAAGUCGUAGGUCCAACCCGAACCAGCUAACGGAGUCAAGUAAUACUAUGAAAGACAGCACGCCGCUGACGAUGAUUAUGAUGAAGAUGAUUACAACGCCGGCCCCCUUUGGAUUAUACCGCCCUAAUGAGAAAGGUAAAGAGAACGCAGAUCCGAAGAAGACAAGUGCUCAGAUGGAAAAAUUCAAUCAUAUCUCGACGUGGAAUGGAGCUGUUACUGAUAAGUAAGAUUCUUAAUUCCUAAGAAAGCUCGUCUCCAAUUCUUGUUCUGCAUCUAAGUAGAAUUAGGUACUAGUUUCUUAUAUCAAAUACGACAUGUUGCCAUUGCGAUGAAAGGAUGUCUUGGAUCUUCAUUCUUGUGGACGAUUGAGUCAAAGUAGUGCUUCCAUCCACAAGAAUCCUCUCAGGUACAGAUGGUCCCAGAGCCUAGAGGAAGUGACGGUGGAGUUUCUAGUGACAGACGAUAAAGACAAAAAGGUGAAGAGCAAAGACUUGAAAAUCUUAUGGCAACAACCUGUUCCUUAGCUGGUGCGCAAGUGCUUGGCAUAUACACUGAAAUGAAGACCAUAUUACAACUACUCAUCAUGGUAGUACUCAUUGGGUAACGUGGUAUUUUUUUCAACAGGUAGCAUCGAUUAGUCCUUUUGACCAACGAGUAUUCUGACUCCUGGUGUACGAUUUUUAUCCCACAACUCUCUUCUCAACUCAUCUAAUCUUCGACAUCCAGUCUGAGCGCGUGAAAGUCAAAUAUCUAGAAACGGUGAUCAUAGAGGACAAGCUAUUUGAACGGAUCGAACCGAAUCAAAGCAUUUGGAACCUCGAGGAUGGAAACAAAGUCGUGCUGAGCUUGGAGAAGGUACUUCUGCCACUCUCACUGUUCAAUAGUGAAUGUAGGUUUUUAAUGGUCUAUGUAUGGUAAACUCAAGAACAUCUGUAAUUGGGCUUCUGCCUGUAUGCUUUAAUAGAGCCAGCAAAGAGCCGAACACCAACACUCACUACAUGACUUGCUCGGAGGGUUUCUCCGAACUAUUGAAUUAGGGACCCGAAAGGAACGGUAUACUCUGAUAGAAAUAAACGACCAUGUUGAUCUACAACUUACAUCAUCAGAUACGGAAGACUUGGUGGAAGGCCGUUUUUCAGGAUGGACCCGAGAUCGACACUACAAAAGUGGAAUCAGUAAAAAAAGUCGAAGACUAUGACGGUGAAACGCAAGGGGCGAUUCGUACAAUUAUUUGUUUCGACACCUUCACUGACGAAUGAUGAUUGAAUGGUUGAAUUAUAUUCUCAGGAGUUAAGACCACCACACGAACUACAACCAGGUAAAAUCGUUUUCGAUCAGAAUCAGAAGCAUCAAGGGAAGCCAACAAGUGACCAGAUUAAAACCGCAGAACUAAUGAAGGAUGCUUGGAACGCAGAAAGUUCGCCCUUUCGUGGACAGCCCUUCGAUCCCAGUAUGUUAAACCUGACGAACCAACUGCAUCCCAAUAUAUGGGAUAAAAGCUGAGUUCGCGGCUUCUCUCGCGCGCGGAAGGUCAGAAGUAAAAGACGAAAAGCUUCCCGUGGUAAGCUCUUCAAAGAAUGAAGAUUGACGGUUUUCAAGGAUAGUCUAGGUUUAGGAAUAUCCUUCAGGCAUGAAGAUGAUGUGCUGAUUGGUCCAUAAAACUAUGUGCAACCCACAACUAUCGCGAAUUCGGAUUCCAGAGGAAUCCCCUAACACGAACAGCGCGUAAUUAGAGCAUCACAACUUGAUUUUUCAGUACAACAGACAUGAAAUAUAUAUUUAUGAUAUAAGUUGGUGUUGCUGGUCCAUCUUGAUCGCAC